AUGGCGGCCGCCGCGCCCGCGCCAGCGGGCUCUGGCAUGAUGGCAGCUCGCCAGCUGCCCCUGGUCGUCGGCGAGCGCGUCGUGGUGCACAAGGGCAUCGGCAAGGGCACCCUCCGAUUCAUCGGGAAGAUCGACGGCUCCGAGGGGGAGUUUCUGGGCGUUGAGCUCGACGUCCCCAGCGGCAAGAACGACGGCUCCUUGAAGGGGGUGUCGUACUUCACCUGCAAGCCCAACCACGGGAUGUUCGUGAGGAGGCCAGCGCUCACCAGGGAGAAGGCAACAACGAGCGGAUCGUCCGUAAGAGACUCCCCGCUGGCCUCGCCCAGCACGCCGAACGCCAAGGACCCCUCCCGCAGGAGCUUCUCGUCGAGGACGCCCGCGAGCUUCUCGCCGGCCUCGUCCGGCAUGCUGGACUCCAGCAACGCCCGCAGGGCCGAUUCCGAGGGCCGCAAGGCGAGCGCCGCGAGGCCAGAGGCGCCGCCGCGCGCGCGCGCCGCGGGGGCGGGCGCGGCGGCGACCGCCAACGCACAGCUCGAGGCCCUCUGCGGCACGGUGGCGCACCUCGCCCGGGAGGUUGAAGGCCUCUGCGGCACAGUAGCGCGGCUGAAGCAGGUGGUCUGCGCCGUGGAGGCGAAGGCCGACGCCGCAGACCGCCGGCUGGCCGCCAGCUCGGGCGGCGUCGGCUCCGCGCGCGCGCGGCCUGUCGACCUCGAGCCGGCGUCCGGCGAGAGCUCGGGGGGCGGCGCGCUGCGGCCAGCCAGCGCCACGGAUGCGGCUAGGGCCGAACCAGAGGUGGUGCUCGCCACGGUCCCGACUGCUUGGGCUGCCGACGGUUGCGGUGACGGUGGCAACAGCGAGAGGACGAAGCCAAGGAAUAGCGCCGAGACAGAGGCCGCAGAUGGAACGUCGGGUGCCCGGGGUCUGUCCGACGAGCCUUUGACACGCUUCCUGCUAGGAACUGGGCCGGAACCCAAUGGUGCUUUCAUGGAAGACAUGCUGUGCUGGAGUCACGAGCAGGUGGACCACUCGCAGUACUACUUCUCUUGGAUGUUCCCGACCAGCACUGGGUCCCUGGAGGACCCGAAUGUGCCGGUCUUGACGCCAGCACUGCAAGCGGCCGUUCGAGCGAGUCCGGAGCUUACCAGUUCGAUCCAGAAGGGUUUUCGUCAGGUCUGCGAUUUCUUGGGUUUGGAGGUAGUUGAUGGGCCGCGGGGCCCGUCUGUGCAGAAGGGCAGCCACUUCAAUAGUCGCGCUGAUAGCUGCUGGCCUUCAGAAGAGAGCGUCCGAAACCAGUUGAUGUUCCAGCGGACAUCGCGUGUGCUGCUGUGUCUACGGGAAUCUGGUCUGCAACAGGAGUGCGAGUCGCUGCUCGCCUGCAUGGAGGGGAUCGACAACGAGAGCGUGCAUCAAGGGUCGUCAGUUGUCUAUUGGCGCAAUACUGCGGGCAUCAAGCCCCUCGUGUCUAAGGCUAUCGCAGAGGAGGGUUCCACACCUAGCUCCACAUCGAUUGAGGACCAUUUGUUAGCUUUCUUGCACAGGUCACGGAAAAGUGCCGACGGCUUCUGGCUCCCCGACAUAUGGAACUGGGACCACGACGCGCUCGACAACACGUCUCACUACAUCCAAUGGGUGUUCCCAACGGACGAGCAGUCCGACUAUAACGAUGGUGCCCCCGUGUUGACCCCUCGGCUGAUACAGAUCAUCCGCCACGACGAUUUGUUGCAGAACAGCAUGGUGACUUCGAUGUCGAUGUGGUGUCAUUUCCUCGGGUUGGAGCUCGGCGACCGCGGGGACGGGGGCUUAGCAGUUAGAAAGGCAGCGCAUUUUGAGAGUCGGGUCUCCUAUUGUUGGCGGGAGAUAUGCACGGUUGCGGAUAACCACAAUUGGCUCCGGAACAGCCGUGUGUUGCAUUCCCUUCGCUUGUGCGGUUUGCACGAGCAUGCUGGGGCGCUGAUGUCUUGCCUGGAGGACGUCGCCGCAAGCCACAAAUGUGGUAGAUCAGUGGAAUUCUGGCGCAAGCGUGCGAAUGCAGACACGGUCAUCGUGACCGACUGCGACGUACCGCAUGCUGGUCUGUAUAUGCACGUGCGCCAGGAUACGAAAAGGGAUAAUGUCACGAUCUCGCAAACGGUGCUGCGGAAAUUCCCGACGCGCUCGAGGGAAAAAGAUGUUUGGUUGGAUGGCAUGCCAACCGUUCAGAAUGGCGAAGUGGUGAACGUGAUCGGUGCCACAAGGAUAGAGGCUGACUCUGAGGAGUUUGCUCUUGUAGAGAGCAGCCAGGGCAAGUGCGGCUGGCUGUCUAAAGCCUUCCUGGUUGAGCUUUCCCUAUCACUCCCGCCUCUGUCGAAGUAUCUUGAGACUCCCCCGUACUGGAACCUGGCAAAGGCGUCCGCAAUGGUCGAAGGCUUCUUCCCAGAGAAGCUGGACAUCGCCGGCGACGCUGGCCUGCGCAACGCGCUGCAGACCAUGCUCACAAGCGAACUACCGGAGCGGCUCGGCGAGAGCGACUGGGGCGAGGGAAGGCUGCACCCAGGGCCCUACUCGAGGCUGCGGCUGAUGCGCGCGUGGCGGCUGGAGAACCCCGAAAGGAUGUUCUCGUACCUCCUGCAGCGCCGCCAGGUCGCCCGCGAGCUCUGCCGCAUCCCGGCGAAGGCCGAGGACGUGGCGAGGUCUCUGGAGCUCCGGACUGCUGCGGCCGGGCGGGCCCUGCCAGGAAGUCUGGACGCGUCGGUCAACGAGAACUUCCUGUUCCACGGCCUGUCGCCGUCCGUGGCGCUGUCGAUCCUCGUCGGGGGCCUCAACGAGCGCUUCGCGGGCAGCGGCGCGGGAGCCUACUUUGGGGACGGGGUCUACCUGGCCGAGGACGCCGGGAAGGCCGACCAGUACGUCACAGCCGACGAGACCACCGAGUACGACGCAAACAGUGGCCUGCACGCCCGCUUGUACCGGGAUCCCAGUUCUGUCCGGGGCCAGAUGGAGAAUUCUUCCGCUCACCCUGGCGAGCCUGUUUUUUACAUGCUCAUCUGCCGUGCAGUGAUGGGAUGCCCACUGCGCAUCAAUGACAGGCGGUUCCCAGAUGAUCCCAAUCACAAAGAAUACCCGCAGAGCCUCGAUUUCCCCGGCGUGCCAGCAUUUCCCAUCACGUCCCGUGAGAUCGCAUCCAUUCCUGGUACGGAUCCGCCAGUCUUGCAUCACAGUGUGCUUGUAGAGCGCGGACUCGCAGUGAAGCACUUCCGGGAAUGUGUCAUCACUCAUGGCACGAGGAUCUACCCAGAGUAUCUAGUGGCGUACAAGCAUUCAGAUUGA